AUGUUUGAUGAUAAAGACCCAAAAUCAAUUUUAUAUGCUGAAGCUCUAUUAGGAUUAUUAAAGUUAAAGAGUCUUAAGAACGGAGAUAAAGAAAGACCAAAAUAUACAAAAAAGAGUUAUCUUCAGAAGAGAGUGCUAGAAAGAGUUUUUAAAAUAGUACAAACACCAAAUAACGCAUUAAAAGAAAAUCAUGCACUCUUAUUAAAUUUAAAUCCAAGGAUCAUCCAAAUUUACUUUCAAAACUCACGAGCAUUUUUAAAGAGAUCAAAAAAAGAGGUAGAAAACAAGACGUUUUAUAUAAACCCGGCAAUUCUUUUACAAAUAUAUUUGGAGGAGAGAAAUUCAAAUGAUUAA